AUGGAUCCCGCCGACGUUGAGGACCAGGUAAAGGGUGUCUCCUCUCAUGAGAUUGAGAAUGUGAAUGGCACCGAGGAAGUCUCGUUCUCCCUCGAGGAGGAAAAGGCGUUGGUAAGGAAAAUUGACCUCACGCUCCUGCCCACCAUCUGGGUGAUGUACCUGCUCUCUUAUCUUGACAGAACCAAGGCUAAAUGGGUGCACAGCAUCGGCAAUGCAAAGAUCUCUGGCAUGGAGGUAGAUCUCAACUUGACGUCCAACCAAUACUCGAUUGCCCUGGUGGUCUUCUUUGUCGGAUACGUGGUGUUCGAGGUGCCCAGCAAGUAUGACAAUCCGCCGCCAGUACAGCCCCAGCCUCAAUCAGUCACUAACUCCCGUUUCUCAAGCCUUGCCCUGGGCAAAUCUCGCCCCUCGAUCUUCCUCCCGUCAAUCAUGAUCCUCUGGGGCGUCUUGACGUGCGUGAUGGCGGUCAUCAACCACUUCACCCACCUGGUCGUUCUUCGAGUUAUCCUGGGAUGCGUCGAAGCCGGCUUUGCUCCCGGCGUUCUCCUGCUCCUGUCAUCAUGGUAUAAACAAACCGAACAGUCGAAGCGGUUUGGCGUGUUUAUCUCGGCGGCCGUGCUGUCAGGGGCCUUUGGCGGCCUGAUUGCUGCCGGGAUUGUUGAUGGCCUAGAGGGCGUCCACGGUAUCCGUGGCUGGCGGUGGCUGUUUAUUAUCGAAGGCGCUGCUACCGUCGGUUUCGCUAUCAUUGCCCUUUUUGUGCUUCCGGAUUUUCCUGCGACGUCGCGACGUCUCUCUGAGCGAGAGAAGCAGAUCGCCGUGGCCCGUUUAGCCAGGGAAAAUGUUACUGCAGUGACCGAGGACAGCGAGCAUCUGAGCAACCUGGGUGCUUGUAAGGUGGCCUGCCGCGAAUGGCGCACUUGGGCAUUCGUUGUCGGGUAUAUGGUCAUCGUCGGCUCAAGUACCCUGACGUACUUCUACCCUACCCUGGUAGAAGGACUUUUCGGCAACGCUUCCACCAAGAAGGUCAACUUGUUGACAGUCCCAAUCUACGGCGUGGCAUUUGUCGCCACCGGUAUCACGUCCUACUACGGCGACAAAGUCUCGGCAUGGCGUGGCCUGAUCAUUGCCGGCUGGCUGACUCUUUCCCUUAUCUGCUCCAUCAUCGUCUGUGCUGUGUAUAACUUCACUGCUCGAUAUGCUCUCCUGGUCGUCAUGGCGGCCGGCCUUUGGUCCACCAACGGCGGUACCCUGGCCUACGCCUCGUCUGCCUUUGCCGGGAUGCAUCCGCAAGCUCGCGGUGUUGCGUUGGCUAUGGUGAAUGCGCUGGGUAAUUUGGCACAGAUCUACGGGUCGUACCUGUUUCCGGAAGAUGAUAGCCCCAAGUAUAUUAUGGGAUUUUCGGUUAUAUCUGCGAUGCUCGCAGUGGGCGUGGUUGUCUUUUUGUUGUUGCAUGUUUGGUACCGUCGGCGGCUGCGGUCUGGCGUCAUCCAGUGA